GAAGCUGAGAUAGUGUGUGUGCCAGGAGAAAGCAAUAAACACUGAACACAGAGGAGAAUGGAGGGGUUAAGUGCGAACUAUCCAGAGGUGACCUCGCAGACGAGGAGGGUGUGAAGUGCUCGGGGGAAUAGCUGGUGCUGCUUUCUCUUGCAGUAACAGCACCGAGCCACUGUGACUCAGGAAGGAAAUGGCAACAGCAUCAUCCUCUGCUUUCUCAGCAUUGAUUGCACCACAGCAAGAGCUCUUUGAAGGUUAGACAGAUGAAUGAAAAGGCAAGCCACAGAGGUUUGCUUCAGCUGCAGAGCUAGCCUGUGCAGGAGGACUGGGGCCUGAAUCCCUCGCACGGUGCUGAGUGAGAGAAAUGUGAGCUCGCUGCAGUGCUGCGGUGCUGCUGCAGACAACACUGCCAUCCGAGGUAAACAGAGGGCUCGGAGAGACAGAGCCGGAGCAAGGAAGCAAACUGCAGAGCAGCCACUGCCCUUACUGUCAGCACGGAGACACGCACCUCGCUGGAGGAGAGGAGGCUGGGCUCAGCUCAGAGCUGGAAGCGGCGGACGGUCGCCGAGUGCAGGUAAUGUGAUUCGAGCAAAGCACCUCCAGGCUCCCUGCUCCCUGCCCGAGCAAUUCCUUCAGUGGGAGAGCGUUACUCGUUCAGUGCUGUCACACAGGCUUCAUCUGGAAUAUGCUUGCACUGCGUGCUCCAUAUUGCAGCACUCGCUGCCAUUAGGAGGGCGAGAGAAAGAGAAGUCAGACUUAGCUGUCGUGAGGUUGACACUGACAGCACCUGUCAGCCAGACCCGGUAAACAUCAGAGCGUUUGGAACUGAUGAAGGCUGUGCAGAAGGUUCGCGAUGCUUCCUGCUGACUGUGUUGCAGCCUGACUCUGUUGAAUGGAAAGCGCGAGGUGCUGGAGAACAGAGGAACGCUGCCAAGGUGCAGACAUGGGUAGACGGUGCGGUGAGUGCAGCCCCAGCCUGUGAAUCAGGCCACCCAGCUGCAGCGCGGACCUUCACCUCCUCCCCUAUGGCGUGCCUGAAGCAGCAGCAGGCCGCCAUCAAGAUGGAGGCCGUGAAGAUCGCGCCGGCGGAGAAGUUUGCAGAUUGCCCGACCUCGCAGGCCCGCUACGGGCCCUCGCAGUGCACCCGGGACCCCCCGCUCGUUGGCAAGUGUGCCUGGCCCCUGGAGUCGGAGAUCAUCGCCAACCAGGCCUGCGCCGAGGUGUCGGCACUGGAGAAGUCGCGGAGCCCCAGCGGGUUGGCCAGGACGCCGCCGCGCACCGAGAAGUUUAGCCAAGGCCACCGCAAGGCCAGCGCUGAGAUGUGCUUCCACCGCCAGACACCUUCGGACGAGGUCAUCGUCAACCAGUACGUGCUCCACCAGUCGGCCACCGCAGAGCCUCUGGAAUGCCCCACCUGCGGUCACGUGUACAACCCCACCAACAAGCGCCCGCGGAUCCUCUCCUGCCUGCACUCGGUGUGCGAAGAGUGCCUGCAGAUCCUCUACGAGUCCUGCCCCAAGUACAAGUUCAUCUCCUGCCCCACCUGCCGCCGGGAGACCGUCCUCUUCACCGACUAUGGCCUGGCCGCUCUGGCCGUUAACACCAGCAUCCUAGCCCGACUGCCGGCCGAGGCCCUGACCGCCAACCCGGGCCAGUGGGGCGGAGAGGCGGACCGCAGCUGCUACCAGACCUUCCAGCAAUACUGUGGGGCAGCCUGCAGCUGCCAGCUCCGGAAUCCACUCUCCUCCUGUACCAUCAUGUAGAAGGCCUCACUCCCAGAGUAGCACUGACAACCCAUGGGAGAAGGAUUACUCCAAGACUGAACAACUUGCUGUGUUUUCUCAGCACCUUUAUGGUAAAUUACCUAUGACUGAAUUAUCUCAUCUGGGAAUUUCUGUGUUUUCUGUGAAAUCAAAGAUAUCCAAUUCAGACUGGCAAGUAUUAUGCGGUCCUGAUAAUUUUGCUUGAGAGCAGCAUUGCUAAGCUACCUGCACAAACUUGACUCUGACCUCAGAACUGCUUUCUCCACCCCAGUAUUAUACAAUGCCUAAAACCAUCGCCAAAGCAUCGUCUUAAAAUGAUGCCUGCUACUGUUCAGUAAAGCUUAAUAUGUUCUAGGUCCAUGCUUCAGUAUUCAGACCCAUUCCAGCCCAGGCUCAGCCCUGUGUGCUUAAUCCUUAACCAGGAUGCCAAGUCUGCAAGGGCACUUUUUAAUCUAAAUUUUAGAUUUUGAUCUUUAGAUGGAGAGGAAAGGGUUUCACACCACUUAAUUUUAACUGCAGACGUCCUGUCUAAGCCACAAGCUUGUGGCUAACGUCCCUGACGUCAAAAGCACGUUGUAAGCUUUUUUUGUAGUUUCAGCCCAAAGUCGCACCAUGGGUGAGCCCGCCCAGCAGCCUAUGGCUCUGGCGGUGCCAAGCAGCAAAGGGUUAACGUCUAUUUGUUUCCAGAUCAGCCAUCAGUCAGAGUAUCCAGAUAAUGAAGUCAGCUUUCACCAGAGGACUGUGAUUAUUUUAACUCCUUCCCCCACUCCAAACGUCUGGUCCUUGACUCCAUGCCACCACUGACACAUCUAGGGCACAACAUGAUGGACAGGUCUUUGUUUUUAUCAUUAACCAAUGUGUAUGGAGCACCUGCUGCCAAAGGUAACAGUGCUUGGAGUAACCAUGAACAGCACUAGGAACAUAAAGAAUGUUUCUUUAUUGAUUGUAUUCUGUGAAUAAACUAUA